CAAUCUGUUUCAUGCCUGCUUCCUCUGCCCUCUGCGUCCUAUUCUAAUACCCAUUCACUCGCUGCUACAUGACCUACGCCCCUCGAUAGCGCUCGACGGGCCCUUCUCCGAUGGGAAAGUGGAGAUAUGGUGUUAUUCUGGAUGCUGGGUCGUCGGGGACCCGUGUCCAUAUCUAUCGAUGGCUUCACAGCGACUACGCCCGCGAUUCCGCGAACGAAACCGACCUAGAACGCCUUCCUGCUCUUCACACGAAGAAGAAAUGGACGCUGAAGAAACAUCCUGGGAUCUCGACUUUUGGCGACAACCCCAACGAGGUCGGUCCGGAGUAUCUUGCCGACCUACUUCAACAUGCCCUCGAUGUCAUACCCUCCGAUGAGGUCGCAAAUACACCCAUAUUUCUGCUGGCUACUGCUGGCAUGAGGAUACUACCACCGCUGAAACAGAAAGCUUUGCUGGAACAGGUCUGCACGUACGCGCGGAAGACAACCGAGUUCCUGCUACCGGACUGCGAUCUGCACAUCAAGGUCAUUCCUGGGGAGACUGAAGGGCUGUAUGGGUGGAUUGCUGCCAAUUACCUUCUCGGAGGAUUCGACAAGCCUGGAGAGCACGACCAUGGAAACGGUCAUCACACAUAUGGAUUCCUGGACAUGGGAGGUGCAUCGGCACAGAUUGCAUUUGCUCCAAACAGCACAGAAGCCGAGAAGCACGCAAACGAUCUGACCCUCCUACGGAUGAGAACGCUGGAUGGCAAAUCAUCCGAAUACAAAGUGUUCGUCACCACCUGGCUAGGAUUUGGGGUCAACCAAGCUCGGAAACGAUACGUCGAUAGCCUGCUCGAAGCGAGUCCCAAAGCUAUUGAGCUACCUGAUCCUUGCCUUCCCUCCGGCCUCAAUGUUACUACUACAGGCCAUCCCAUAGAACUAGGGUCCGACGAGGACCUAGGGAAGGCUCCACAUCUUCUUGGAACAGGAGACUUCCCAGGCUGUAUGAGCUCGACGCUGCCACUUCUGGAGAAAGACAAGCCAUGUCCAGACGAACCCUGCCUGAUCAAUGGUAUCCACGUUCCCGCUAUAGACUUCGAUGUGAACCAUUUUGUGGGAGUAUCAGAAUACUGGCAUACCACGCACGAAAUAUUCGAGAUGUCACACAAAGACAAGGCUUACGAUUUCCACACUUACCAGGAACGGGUACUAGAGUUCUGCAGUCAAGAUUGGGAUAAAAUACAGAAAGGGAUUAAAGAUCACACGUGGGGCAAAAAGGUCGAUGAAACGACUGCCCUUGAAGUUUGUUUCAAGGCAUCCUGGUUAAUCAAUGUUCUUCAUGAAGGCAUCGGUGUGCCACGAGUUGGGAUAGAACCCAUUAAGGGCGGACACAAUGGCACCAAGGAAGUCCUCGACCAUGCAAAAGAGAAGGGCUAUCUCGACCCUUUCCAAGCUGUCAAUAAAAUCGGCGAUGUCGAAGUAAGCUGGACACUGGGUAAAAUGGUCCUCUACGCAUCCAGCGAAGUUCCAGCGUCACCAAAAGAGCUAGCAGUCGGCUUCGGCAGCAACGUCCCCGGCAUCCCCUCCGACUUCCAAUACGCAGGCGGAAAAUACGUAAAAGCGGACCCUCACGACGAAGACGAUGACUGGCACGACAAUCUCUUCAAAGACUCUCCCCGCCGCAUCCCGGGCCUCGUAAUCUUCAUCCUAAUCGUCUGCGUCGUUCUCUUCCUGCUCUGCGGCCGCGACCGUCGCAAAUCCUUCCUCCACCGCGCUCUCCACCCCUUUACCCGCCACUCCAGCUCCCUCAAGCGCCGCCGCGGCUUCGGCGGCAAGCUCUUCGGCCUCGCCGGCUCCCCCUCCUACGAGCGCGUGCUCGAAGGCGGCGAGGGCGCCGAGGAGUUCGAGCUCGGCGACGUGGAUUCGGACAACGAGCACUCCGACUCCAGCGAGGGCAGCCGCGUCGGCAGGACGUCCGGGUGGGCGACGCCGCAGAUCAAGGCCGGGUUCGACCCUACGCCGCUGAGCUAUUUCGAUAAUCCGAUCACGCAGGGCGCCGGGCUGGGGUUGGGGCCACCGGGCGUGUUUAGCAAUGCGAUUGGGAGGGGCGGGUUGAUUUCGCGGACGGAUAGUAGGGAGAGGUUGGCGGGGGUGGGGUCGAGCCAUAGGAGUCGGCCGGGGAGUCCGACUAGGCUGAGGAGUCCGAUGAUUCCGUUGAAGGAGUCGGUUGAUUGAGGAAAAAGGAGUGAGAUGGAUGUGGUAAUAGAUGGCGUUUUUUGCGGCUGGGUGUGUGGCGCUUUUGGAUUGAGGCGUUAAGGGGUCACGCAUUGGGGACCGGAUUUGGAGUUGACUAGGUUACCCGGCAUGCUUCUGAGGCCGUAUUGGGGACCCUUGGCGUUGUCGUUUGGGGGUGUUUUGCCCUCGCGCUGUG